ACCUGAACAACGGAAAACACGCGCAAAUUCGACGCGCUAUUGCAAGUUCGAGAUGGAGCAGAGCAGCGCGAAGCGGCGCAAGCUGGAACACGGCAACGCCCCCCUCAGCCUCGACAAUGCCACUUCCUCUGGCAUGGGGGCCGCCGGCGCAACUGCAUUCAUCAUGGAGACGGAGGAGCUGCUGAAAGAGAUCAAGAUCGACUAUGCGAGCACCUUGCCUGGAGCCGACGACGAACUCCGGCGCUUCAAGGAGGCCAUAGAGUCCCUGACACCUCACGAGCCGACGCCUAUCCACGAUGCCGCCGCGAAGCUGGACAAGUCUGGCAAGACUGCCGUCCCAUUCCCCGAUCCGAAGCCCGCGAAGGACUCGCCUUACAAGGUGGCCUUCGAGAAACCGUCGCAGGUCAAUGUGGUCGGGAGCUAUACUCUCAAGACGAUGGUCAAGUCUCAGCAGAACCCGGCUGUCGACAUGAUCGUCGUUAUGCCAGCCUCGAUCUUCCAGGAGAAGGACUACCUCAACAUGCGCUACUUUUACAAGCGGGCCUACUACAUCGCAUACAUUGCCGAAGGCCUUAGCCAGAGCCUCUCUGGCACCGGCGAGUUCACAUAUGAGCUCUUGAAUGGCAAUCCUCUGCUGCCUGUUUUGCGAGCAACCAUCAAGGGCAAGGCUGUGUACUCGAUUCGCAUCAUCCCGACGGCUCCCGAGGGCCUGUUUCCUGCCAAGAAGUUGGGCGCAGCAUCUUCAUCUCUACGACAAGGAGAAACAAAGGAGAGCAACAAUGCAAAGACAGCAUCACCUUUCUACAACUCUACGCUCAAGGCGGAAGCUUUGUACACUCCUUACUUGCGGGUGCUCCACAAAUCCUCCAAAUCGUCGGCAGCCUUUGCAGACGCAUGCCUAUUGGGUAGGACAUGGCUGCAGCAACGAGGGUUCGGCGGUUCUCUUGCCGAGGGUGGGUUUGGACAUUUCGAGUGGGCUGCUCUGAUUGCGCUGUUGCUCCAAGGCGGUGGUCGCAAGGGCGAAGCAGUUCUCUCUGUAUCCCUGCACAGCACACAGCUUUUCAAGGCUACGCUCCAAUACCUGGCUACUGCCAACUUCCUCAAGAAGCCGGUCAUUAUUGGUGGAGAUGCCCCGGACCUCGACUCCAUACGACAGACUGGGCCCGUCCUCUACGACGGGGUUCGCAACAUGAACAUUCUCUACAAAAUGACCCCAUGGUCUGCGGCCAUGCUUGUCGAACAGGCCAAGUGGUCUUUGGAGGCAAUCAAUGGCAGCCCGCGCGACCAGUUCGAUCCGUUGUUUAUCACAAAGGUUAACCAGCCUCUGCAAAUGUUUGACAUCCUUCUACGCAUCACAGUUCCGAGCUCAAAGGAGCUGAUCCCCCGGACGAGCGACUGCAAGGGUGUGGUGAUGGACUACAGUGAGAAGGUCUACCAGGUCCUCAGAAAGGCCCUUGGCGAGCGAGCGACACAGAUCCACAUCGAGCUCAGCAAGGUCACAAACUCCUGGUCGACGUCGGGGUCAGCACCAAAGCACAAGAACCGGAGCCUCCUCGUGGGCAUCUCGAUCGACUCGGCAAAGGCUUCGCAGGUGCGCGAGUUCGGGCCGUCACACGAGGAGAAGAAGGACGCCGCCAAGUUCCGCGACUUUUGGGGCGACAAGGCGGAGCUCUGGCAGUUCCCCGACGGCAAUAUUGUCGAGAGCUUGGACUGGACUGCCUAUGGCCACCUGGGGUACACGGGAAUCACUGAAGCCAUUAUUCGGUACAUCCUCAAGCUCCGCCUGCACGUGGACGACAGCAACGUGUCCUUCUGCGUCGAGGAGUUCAACAGCAUCGUCACAUUCGCGCCGUCAGACAAGGCCGCCUACACGGCGGCCAGGCAGGCCUUUGAGAACCUAGAGCGCGACAUCCGAGGGCUCGACGACCUGCCGCUGCACGUGAAGCAGGUCGCCGCGAUUGCCCCGGAACUGCGGUCAACGUCGCUCCGCGUGCCGGAGAGCGACCCGCGGAAGCUCGCGCAGCCCAUGGGCGUGGUCAUCUCCUUUGAGGCCUCGGGCAAGUGGCCCGAGAACCUGGCCGCGAUCCAGCGGGCCAAGAUUGCGUUCCUGCUCAAGAUCGGCAGCUCGCUCGAGGAGCACAACGAGGGCGUCAUCAAGACACAUCUGGGCCUGGAGGACGCGCAGACGGACGUGGAGAACCUGGCGUUCCUCGACAUUGUGUACGCCGCGAGCGGCAUCGCGUUCCGCCUGCGCGUGCAGAGCGACCUCGAGGACACGCUGCUCGAGCGCAAGACCAAGGACAAGACGCUCGAGCGGCACGAGCGGACCGAGGCCUCGGAGCUCCUGGCCGCCGCCCGGCUCAAGUACACGGUCCUGCCGCUGCACAACCAGACGGUCGCCACGUUCUGCACGAGGCUCGCCGCGCUGUCGCCCGCGAUCCGCCUGGUGAAGCAGUGGUUCAGCUCGCACAAGCUCUCGUGCCACUUUAGCGAGGAGCUCAUCGAGCUCUUCACCCUGCAGGCCUUCCUGCGGCCGCACCCGUGGAAGAUGCCCUCGAGCGCCAUGACGGGGUUCCUCCGCACGCUGCACCUGCUCUCGCGCUGGGACUGGCGGGACGAGGCCCUGGUCGUCGACUCGGCCGAGUCGCUGUCCGCCGCGCAGAGGGCAGAGAUCAGCACGCGCUUCGAGGCCUGGCGCAAGAUCGACCCCAACAUGAACCGCACGACCCUCUUCGUCGCGACGUCGCAGGACGCCAGCGGCACGGCCUACACGGCCAGCGGGCCCUCAAAGGUCGUCGCCGCGCGGAUGACCAGCCUCGCGCGGUCGGCGUGCAGGCUCGUCAAGGAGCGCGGCGCGGACCUGGACGCGCGGUCGUUGUUCCAGACCUCGCUCCGGGACUACGACAUUGUGCUGCACCUGUCGCCCAAAGUCAUACGCGCUAUGCAGCGGCCCGAAGGCGCCCGGGCGUCGGUGUUCAAGAACCUCGACGCGCUGACGACCUCAUCGAAGGCGGACGCGCUGCCGCUGCUCAAGGCACCCGCGCGCAGCCUGCUGGACGAGCUCAACGCCACCUUCUCCGGCCCUUUGCUCUUCUUCCACGGCGCCCCGGACGAGGACAAUGUCAUUGCCGCACUGUGGAACCCGCAGCUCCACAAGCGCGCGUUUAGCAUACACAUGCCCUGCUCUUUCCGGCCCGUGGCCGGCGGCGGAGAUGGUGACGAGAAGCAGAUGUACGAGGUCAACAAGCAGGCCAUCACCGCCGAGAUUGCGAGGAUAGGAGGAGAUGUCAUUGACAGGAUCGAGGUCAAGGCUGCGUAGAGGGCUGCAAUUAAAAGAGCGAUCAAAAUAAAAACCAAGAAUAAUAUGCAAACAUUAUGAAGGUG